CGGGCCUUCGCGAUGGGUCGUGGCGGAGGAUUGGUCUUCACGGGCAUGCCGCGGAGGAGAGAGGUCCUCGGAACCGGAAUCAUUCGAUGGGAAAAGGUUAUCAACCCGGAUGGGUCGGUGACUUGGCAAGAGGCCCAACCCACUACAGCAUCGGUCAAUUCCAAGAAGGAAGAGAAGGGCACAAAGGCUGAGAAGCAAAAGCUCGAAAGACCAAGCUGGAUUGAAACCAAGAAGGAGGCCACCACCACCAACACGAAGCGGCCUGCCAAGGAAGUGGAGGACCUCACAGCACAGAAGGAGCCGAAGGUAGAAGCGGCGAGACCCAGACGUGCUUUCAGCUUCCACCAGACAGAGGAGAAGAAGACCGAACGGGCGGAGAAGACCACCACCCACGUCGAGGAAAUCCGUUUCAGCGCGCCGAUCCGGAAGGACGACGAAAAGAAGGGGGGUUUUGUCGCUGGACUCGCCACCAAGUUCGGCAGCACGAAGAAAGCAGAGGAUAUGCCCAACCCGAAGAAGGACGUACCCCUACAAGUUGAGAUUCAACCUACCUCGGCCUCUACCUCUACGCACCACACUUUCCUCCACUUACCCACCGAGGAGAAACUCAACACACCACCACCCCCUCUCAGCCCACCAACGACACAAGAGAAGAAAAUCAACCCCAUUGCCGACGACUACUUCUCUCACUCCCACUGGUCAAUCCGCGACGAUAGCAAGCAAGAAUCCGACGCCGAACUCGCCCAGCGCCUCGCCAACACCGAAAAGAUCUUUCGCCAACAAGAACAAAAGAUCCAAGCCGCUCUCGACAGGAUUCGCGAUCUGGAACGCCAACUUGCCUCGGGCUUCACAACUGCAACUGCAACCGGCGAAAAGGAUGAUGAUGAAGAAGUCCAAACAGAAACCGGCACCACCAAAACAUGGGACAACGAGUCCAUCGCAGCCGGCGGGCGCGAAUCCGGGCCACACUUUAGACAGUUGCAGCAUGGCAACUCCUCUUCAAAAGGUCCGCUCCCCUGUUUCUCUGGUGAUGAACCGCCCUUCCAUUAUCGGGUUUUGACCGUCAACAGCCACAAGCCCCAAGUGAUCAACAACAACAACAUGAACGUCCGAGAGCAGCGACACCACCUUCAUCACGAGGACAUCGUCAUCGACAACAGCGACAGCGACGACAACAACAGCAGGACACCCAGUCCCAUAGCAGUCACUUUCAACAUCCCUGCACCACCACCACCAAAGCCGGCAGCUGCUAGUCUCAACCCUCCUCCUCCUCCUUCCAAAAGACAACAACAGCUUCCCACCAAGACCGCCUUUUCUUUGGAUCCCAUAACCAAAAGCCCUCAAUCCUUUGUCCUCCAAAGUCUCAAACAUGAACCCACCCCAUCUUCAUCUGCGAUCCCCCUUAUCACCUUCAUCACCUUCUUCUUCAUCCACAUUAUCCCCCACAACCCCUACAUUCCCCCCAACACCGACAUCACCAUCACCAACAACAACAACCCCCACCAAACCCUCCUUCUGCAUCCCCCCCUCUCCUCAUCCUCAUCCAUAUCCUCCAAACUCAAGCGCCAACAGACCCCCAAGCAGACCAACCUACCACCGCUCCGUCUCCAACUUUAA